AUGAAACCAGAAACUUUAGUUAUGAAAAUAAUAGAAGCUAUUGAAACAGCUUCACCAACUGUAAUAACUUUCAAUGGUAAAAAAAUCAGCAUAACUAAAAAACUUAUUGAUAAAUACAAAUAUUGUAAAGUCAGAGACGAUAUAGACUUAGAAAGAAUUGACGCCAACGCAAAGACAGGUGGAUUUUUACCUCUCCUUCCUUUAAUAUUUGCUGGUAUUACCGCGGCGGGUGUAGCAACUGGUGGGAUAUCUGCUGCAGUAAGUUCUGCCAACGAAAAGAAAGCUGCUGCUGCAAAAGCCGCUGCUACAAAAGCUGCCAACGAAAAGAAAGCAGCCGAAGAACGUAGACACAAUUUAAAAAUGGAAAAGUUGGCAGAGGGUAAAAAAGGUUCAGGAGUGGGAGAAAUGAUAGGCAAAAUAAAAGAAUUUGGAAAAAUAUUUGGGGAAGAAACCAAGAAAACCAUGAAAAAUGUUAAUGAUCUAGACUUGUCUAAUAUUGAUAGCAAACGAAAGAACUUAAUAUUGUUUGACGAUUGUGUAGCGCAAAGAAAUCAAGUUGUUCAACAAGAAUUCUUCACGAAGGGAAGACAUCACAACUGUCACUGCAUAUACCAAUCCCAAUCUUUUUACGGGAUGGAUUCUAUGUUUAUUAGAAAAAAUGCAAAUUGUUUUUUAUUAUUUGAAUUCAACGAUAAAGAUUUAUCUCAAAUCAUUAUCAAUCGAUAA